AUGUGUAGUGGACCUGGUCUCCAAGAUGGUCAGACAGUGGUUCUCAGGCGACCAGUCACCUGUUAUUUUAUUCUGCUUGAAAGUGAUACUUUGAAAAUGGAGGUUCGACUGCACCUCAUUCUGGCUGGCCUACCUUCUGAGGAGUUUGGCUCCAGUCAUACUGUGCAGCAGUUGUCACUUUUGAUCACGAGCAUCCAGUUGGUCUUUAUUAUUGUGAACUGCUGCAAUGUUAACCAUCUUGAGGCUUAG